AUGCACAAGAUUUCCAACUUCACGGGCCAGGCCCGUCAUGGUUGGGAACGAAUGACGCCGACCUUUGGGAUGUCCCGACCUCACACCACCGACAUGGCCAUCCGCCGACCGCACGGUGCGCCGCCCAUGACACCCCCGUCUAGCAUCGACCCUACCGUCAAUCAGUCCUUCAACGUGCCCUUCUCCUCUACCUUGGCCGGUCCCGAUGUCGAAGACGUAAUCCACGCUAGUCCCGCCGCCCUUCAGCGCUGGACCUUCCCCGAAGGCACUCCCGAGGGCACGCCGGUACACCAGCUGCCUGUACACACCAACAACGUUGAGGGUUUGCGGAGACUAUGCCGGCAAAUAACGGAAAGCAAUGCAGGACGGGUGGAGGCUUCCUUGACAUCCUCGGAGCCCAAGGCCGUGCCCUCGCUACAGCGCCGGCCGAACGGCCUGACCACCAAUGUCUGCGUCACGGGCGAUGGAGAGACGGUGCGGAAGAUGCGAGCAAAGAUCUUGAACGAAACCCCGAUCAUGCUGCGGUGCGCGACUGUUGACGUGGAUAUGCACCUGAUUAUGGAUGGAUCGCCCAAAGGAGUUCGACCGAGCGUCCUCGAGCACCUGGAUACCCUGGCCGCCUACACCGGAACCGAUAUCUUCCUGUUGACCCCCAAACUUCACGAUGCGGAUAGUGCGGUGGUUUCGUCUUACGGCUACGCUUCUGACAAUGGACUGGACCAGCGCUUCCGGCUCGCCAUCUACGGCGACAUGGAGAGCACGGAGCAUGCCAAGACGCGGGUGCUCAUCAUGAUCGACCAAAUCGUAGGUUCCUUCGUGUGCUCUGACCGGAAGACCAAACUAACCUCAGAACAGCUCAAACGUCAUGUGGACGCCAUGAAGCUGGAGUUGACCAUGCACACCCUAGUCUGUGGCCGCACUCGCAAGAACAUCAAGCUCAUCGAGGCUGCUACCGGCACCGCCAUUUACUUCCCCCGCCAUUCCCACGAAUCUUCGGAUGAGGUUUUUAUCACGGGCGAGACGUCGGAUCAGAUUGCUCGCGCCAAACAAAAGUUGCGGGAGUUGGUUAUGGGAGUCAAAAUCUACGUGAAGGAUGUGGUGGUCAAUUCGAGUAAAAUUGACAAUAUCCUGCUCGACCGUCUGGACAAGGUUCGCAAGGUGAUGGAAAUGAAUGGUUCCUACGUUCUGUUUCCGCAACUCGGUAGCCAGCGCGGCCUCGUUCGCAUCCAAGGCACGGAGGUCUUGCAUGUGGAACGGACCGUCCGGGAGAUCAUGGCUCUGGCUGGUCAAUUCUAUAGUGCGUCGUGGUGGAUCAUCAUGCCGGACCCAGCCCAAGGCGGUGUUCGUGCUCCGUCCACUCCCGAAGUCCGGUCCAUGCUCUCGGAUAUCUGCACCAACUCGGAGGCGGAAGUCAGCUUCGACAAUCUUACCUUCACCAUCAAUGGAUCCGACGACGCGGUCAAGGCUGCCAUGACAGUCAUCAACCAAAUACCCUUUGUGACGCGGAGUCAAUACCAGAUGCGGGUCAAGAUUGAACUGGCCAACGAGCACAAGGAGUUCGUCAGCGGCAAGAAGAACGGGAAGAUCAACAAGAUCAUGGGUCAGAGUAAGUGGCGUUUGGCGCAAUUCUCAAAGCGGUACAACUUCUACAUCGAUGUCUGCGGAAACCAAUACGAUUCGACCAAGAAUGGUCUGGAUUUGGUGGAACAGGAAAUGCCUGCGUCCAUUUCCUUCCAUGUGCCGGACCAGUACCAUAAGCGGAUCAUCGGAAUCGGUGGACAGCACAUCCAACGCAUCAUGAAGAAGUACUCGGUUUUCGUCAAAUUCUCCAACGCCAUGGACCGCGGCGGAAUGGGCAAGGAAGACGAUGACAUCAAGGUCGACAAUGUCAUCUGUCGGACACCAGCUCGUAACGCGCAGAGCCUGGACCUUGUCAAGCAGGAGAUCAUGGACAUGGUCGAGAAAGUUGAUGCCGAAUACGUGUCCGAGCGCGUUGUUAUCAACAGGCUGUAUCACCGUGAACUGCUGGCUCGCAUGACCGAGAUUGACGAGCUGGAGAAGAAGUGGAACUGCAAGAUCGAGUUUCCCAGCACUGAGCUUGCGAGCGAUGUUGUGGCCAUCUCCGGUCCCGAGUACCAAGUUCCCCAAGCCGUGGAUGCUCUACUGGGUAUGGUUCCGGAGAGCCAUGAGCUUCACUUUCAGAGCUCUACCCAACUCCGCGAGUACUUUAAGGCUCCCGACUUCAUCGCAGAUGUUCGGACCAAGCUCAAGGAACAGUACGAGGUCGAUAUCACGGUGGAUGUUAAUACCGAUCUACCUUCGACGCCCGAAGAGGGGUCAUCCCCAACUCCUGCUGGCCCCGAGGAUCGAGUGGUGCUCGGAUAUACACGGAACAAUGCCGGCGGCCUCAAGGAUGCCAUCGACUUCUUGAUAUCGGUGCUUGUGGCUCACGGGCUCGAUGCGACAACGGUCAAGGGAGCUAUCCCGCGGCCCAAGUCCGACUCGUUUGAAGAGUCGCUGCCAUUCUUCGACUCAAAGCUCUUACAGCACGCCCCGACACCGCUGGUGACGGACUCGCCGACUCGGCCCAACUUCUCCGACGAGGCCAGUGAGCGGGGCUCGAUCUUCGAGCGCCUUCGCAAGCCAGGCAGCAUCUCGUCCUUCUCCUCAUUCAUCGGCCGCAAAAACCACUCCGCCUCGCCGGGCUCGUUCUUCAAGCACGCCUCCAGCAACGCCUCCAAGGCGUCCCUCGUCUCGAUGGAAUCGCGGGACAGCGGCUACCGCAAUCCCUGGAACGAUUCCGGCGUCAACCUCCCCGAGGAUGACCUGCCCGUCCUGGGCAGCUCGCACAGCCACAAGAGCAGCAACAGCAACGGCGGCUGGCCGGCGCGCUUCGACGGCAAAUUCCCCUUCGGCACGGCCCCUGGCGACAUGACCCCCAAGCAUGACCUGCGCGCCUCUUUUGACAGCGGUCGUCCUAGCACUUCGAAUUCUACUUCUGGAUACCCGGCCCCGAUUGGGCCACCGCGUUAA